AUGGAGGAAUUUUAUAGGUUUAAUCCUACAAUUUCUUGUUCACCAAAUGAUAUUGUUAGACUUGAAAACUUGCCUGUUGGAAACUUUACUGAUGCUACUACCAGUACUACUGAAUUUCACAGUCAACUCGGUAAUUUACUCCAAGCUGGUCAUGAUCAUACACAAGCCAUUGGAUCAGAUAUCUAUGAUGUAAUCAAGGCCCAGAUCGCCAGUCACCCUCGUUAUCCAGACCUAGUUUCUGCAUAUGUAGAGUGCCAAAAGGUCGGUGCUCCUCCAGAAAUGGUGUCUCUUCUUGAAGACAUAGGCAGCGUGAACUACCAAAUCGAUACUUGCUAUGAGAUAGGAGCUGAUCCAGAACUUGACGAGUUCAUGGAAUCAUACUGUGAGGUUCUUCAUAGAUACAAAGAGGAAUUAUCCAAGCCUUUUGAUGAGGCUACUACUUUCUUGAACAGCAUAGAAUCACAACUAAGUAGUCUUUGCAAAGGAACAUUGACAAAAAUAUUCGAUUAUGGCUCAGAUGAGCCAGCAGGGACUUCUGAGGAGGAGUUAAGUUGUGGAGAGGUUGAAGCAUCUGAAAUUCAAGAAUCAUCAGUUGUUCGCUCAAGUGAGCAGAAUCUAAAAGGAAUGCUCUUGCGCAAGUACAGCGGCCAUCUUAGCAGUUUGAGAAAGGAAUUCCUAAAGAAAAGAAAGAAAGGCAAGCUACCAAAGGAUGCAAGGACAACGCUUUUGGACUGGUGGAACCACCAUUAUAGAUGGCCAUAUCCUACGGAAGAGGAGAAGGCGAAGUUAUCAGACAUUACAGGGCUAGAUCAAAAGCAGAUUAACAAUUGGUUUAUCAACCAGCGGAAGCGGCAUUGGAAACCAUCCGAAGAUAUGCGGUUUGCUCUCAUGGAAGGUGUCAGCGGCGACACGCCCAUGGUUCCAAUUCUUACAAAGCAGUUCAGGUUCCUUACUUGUGACCAACAUGAACUUGCUGAAAACCGUAAAUUUGAAGAUGCUGAGAAGCCAGAAAUUCCCUUGCCAAUGGGGGAGGCUGCUGUUGGUUGCUUCCACCACCGUCCAAUUCUUUCAUUUUUGACUUCUAUAUAUGAGAUACUUUCUCACAAUGUCAAGUAA